UUUUGGCCGGUCAAAAUAUGGCGGAUGUCUGGUAACCAAAACACAUUAAAAUUAAGAACAUAAUUCCCUCCUACAAGUAAUAUUUAUUCUAAAAAGAUUUACGAGUUAGUUGCAGAAGACAUACAAAAUGGCUUCAAGUGAUACAGUUACUCUGGUAAGUAUAGCUGUGGGAAGGCGACUUGAAAACAAUAAUUUGACUGAAGCGUAUAUCUUGUUGCCACGGUUGCCAUAAGCUUAUUUAGUUGAAAUAAACGGCAUAUGUGUUUUUUUUAAAACUUGGUUUUAUUUUAAAGGCUUAUAUUAACUACUACUGUCGCGAGAAAUACUACAGACAUCUGCAGAAUUCGUGUCUGGAGAGCUUGAAGAAGUAUGGCAACGAUCCAGUAUUGAUAUUUUGGAAGGCGUUUGGAGUUUUAAUGGAAGGUGUGACUAAUUAGUGACUUAAAUGAUAACAUACAUGGUCUAUAAUUGUCUCAGCCUUUAUAGAUUGGCUGUAUUUUCCUUGUGUGUAAAUUAAGUUUUUUUCGUUAUUUAAGGAAGGAAACGUCAGUCAUGCCUGCUGAUUUUAAUAUUCAGAAUUUAGGAAGAUAAUCAAAUUUAAAGUGUUCCUUUUUUAAAGGUUAUUUUUUGAAAAAUAACCUGUCUGCUUAGCAGUGUGCCAGUACUAGGUCAUAGGUUGUCACAUUACUUCAAUCCUCCUGGUAAUUAAUUGAUCAUUGUUUGUGCAGUAAAGGUAUCUUGGUGACAAAAAAGAUUUUAAAAAAUAAUUAGUACUUCAAUGUGUAAUAUGAGGAAGGUGACAUUAUUUAAGUGGUUCAUCAGGUGGGACAUUUCAAAAGACCACAGAUGAUGAAAGAGAGGAAAUGUAAAUUGUAUAAAGCCUAGGCUAGUAUAGUUGUAGAUUGGCUUAUUUGGGUAAGACUUUCACACAGCCCCUUACUUCAUUAUGCAUUCAGUUCUUGGAUAAAGAAAACAGUGGAGAAAACAAUAGACUGUGCAGAAAUCUUACCCAUAUUUGAUACAUACACAUAAAAGUAAAAGUUGCUCAGUAGAUUUUGUUGUGAAAGGAUAUAAUCCAGUAGUUGAAAAAUCUCUGCUUUCAUUUGUCACAACCUUAGUCUGGUCCACCAUGACUGACCAUAGUGAUGAAGUCUAAUUAUUUUUCCUUUUAUUAAUCUCAGAGAGAGCCUCUGAGGCAAUAAGGGAAUUGGAAGUAAUCAAAGAAAAGCCUGAUGUCCUACUUUGUGCCACCAUGGCACUCAUUCAUGCACACAAGAAAGCUAAACUUGUUGACAGAGAAGCAGUUCAAGAGCUGGAGGCAAAACUUCGUCAGGAUAGGCAGUCAUGCGGUGAAAUGGCAUUGUUUUUUGGUGGAAUGUUUCUUUGGCAUACAGGACGGCAUGACAAGGCAAGAGAGUAUGUGGACAGAAUGAUCAAAAUGGCCAGUAAUAAUAAAGAGGUAAUCAACAAGUUUGUCACUCAAUGUCUUGCUCUGUUAUGACACUGGCAUAUAUUCCUUUGCAACAAUCUUUGCUAAAGAGGGGAACUGUGGCAGUAGAUUUAUGAAAGUCACUUCUAUUGAUUUUAAUUUCAGGGUCUUCUUUUGCGUGGUUGGAUUGACAUAACCAGUGGAAAGGACUCCUAUGCCAAAAAGAGUAUCAAAAUGUUUGAUGAAAUACUCAGUGGGUUAGUGACAGAUAGUUAAGAAAGUGCUAAUGUGGUGCUAGUUCUACUAUACUUAAGAUGAUUUCUGAUUGACCAUGUGUAGCUGUUGUAUAUUUAUCUGUUAUUCUCAGCUCUUCUUUCAAUUGAUCACACUUCUUUUUUGAAUUUUUUUUUUCUUACUUAAUUUCAAUAGGUCUGAAGUUGUUAAAAAUCUGGAUGCUUUACUUGGAAAGGUCAGAAAAGUAUACUAGUUUUUAAUGCUAACAUGCAGUAUUUUUUUCUUGAUGAGUAAGGAGGGGUAUUCUACAAAUCCUGCAAUCUGAUUGGUACAGAGUUCAGAAAGUUUUCUCUCAUCCAGCCCACUCACAUUGGGCAGUAUCUUAUCCACUGUGUGGCCUGUACAUCACUAGCUUGGUUGUAAAUUUAUAUAAAUAAACUUUGGUUCGCCAGCUGGGCAGCAUUUUUAAGCAAAGACUUUUGUCACAACCUUUUUAGCCAAUAAAUAACUUAUCAAAUUUCUCUUCUCUCUUUCUCUCAAAUUUCUUUGGUUUUUCUGUAAAAAUUGAUUUCCAAAUGAAUUAUUUUUGUAAUACCAAAUGUGUUUUUCAGAUGGAAUAAAAGAAGCCAAAAAACAAUUUUAAUUGAUAAUCCUUCUCAAAAAGCAACUCAGAAAGUUAAAACAAGAGGAUUUUGCAGUUAACAAUUACAUCAAUCAAUUUGUUUUUGUAAAAUGUUGAGCAAAGUUUUGAGUUCUAAUAUUAAAAAUAUACUUUUGCUGAUUCUUUGCAAGUCCCAUGAAUUUGGACAUAUUUUUUACAUUUCACAACAGAAACCCAAGUAAUUAGAUGACUUAAAGUUGCAUUAAAGUUCCCUAGGAUUUGCUAGAAUUUGAAUUCAGUUUUUCAGUGGAAGAGAGGAAAGAUUUAUGCAUGCCAUUGCAGGAAACAAACAAGCAGACUCUCAAAACUUCAAAAGUACAUUUGAAUUUACGUACAACUUUAUUUUCUCUUUUAUCUACUCGCUCAAAAAUUGUUCUUCAUAUGGAGGAUCUUGCCAUAAUUGCAGCCCUAAAUCAUUAGGGGUUCUUUUGGAAAGCAUUUUGUUACGUGUUAGAAAAAAAUUAAAAUGUUAGAAAAGGUUGUGGUUAUUCAUUGUGGUGAAUAACAAUAAAAGCUAAGUUUUCUGUUUGUUGCAAAAUGUAGUCAUGUGUGAUGUAGAUUGCAACGUUUUGACUGCAUACUGCUAGUCUUCUUCAGACGAUGAGGUCGACUGGUCAUGUGUGAUCUUAUAAAGCAUGAUGCUCUGCUGUGAUUAGUUGUUUUUCAACAGCUCUGAUUGGUGCAUUUCAAUCCUUACUGUACAUUCUGUGAUUAGCUCCCUCAGCAGUCCACUGUCACACGGCUCUCCCAUUGUUAUGUCUUUUGAUCAUGGGCAUCCACACUUCUGGAAUUUCUAUUCCACUAUCCCUUUUGAUAUUGUUAGGGUGAAGUCUUAUAUGAAUUGCCUCUUUGACCCUGUGCGUGUAGUAAUGAGGGUCAUGAUCAAUAAACUUUACUUCGUUCCAGAGUGGCUUGUGUCCGGUGUAAUUGUAGGCAUGCUCUGAAAUGGCAGAACAACAAGGAUCAAAAUGCACCAAUCAGAGCUGUUGACAAACAACUAAUCACAGCAGAGCAUCAUGCUUUAUAAGAUCACGCAUGACCAGUCGACCUCAUUGCCUUGAAACGUUGCAAUCUACAUCACACAUGACUACAUCGCAAGACAAACGGAAAACUUAGCUUUUAUUAAUCAAAAUGUCAUUUACCAUCCUAGGUCAGUCCAUAUUGGGACAAACUGUGCCCUCUGUCUUGAGUAUCAAGACCUCAGGCACAGUUUUUCCCAAUAUGGACCUCCCAGGUGGUGAAUAACAUAUAUUAAUUGUUUGUGGAAGAACACUGAGUAGUUGCAUUGAUUAUAGUUUUUUUAUGCACCUUAUUUUCAAGUAAAUGAUCAUACACUUUCACAUUUUCUAUGCACUUAUACAUUUGAAUUUUCUUUGUUUUUUUUUCCAUAAAUAAAUGAAUAAUGAGAAAAUAGAUGGAAAACAAUGUGGAGGAAAGAUAAAUGACUUUUCCAUACUUUUGGUAAAAAUUAAGGUAGAUUUUUUUUCUUUAUACUUGAUAAAAGGCAAAGUACUUAGAGACAAAAAAUAACUUCAGUGGUGCACUGGAACUCAUCAAUCAGGUAAGUAUGUGUUUCAAAUUUUUUUAACAAAACAAUCAUUUGAUGCCACUUUCAACUGACUUAUUCAAUCAUUAGUAGUAAUAAUAAUAUAAUAAUAAUGAUAACAAUAAUUUGAUAAUAACAACAACAAGUAAUUAACACCAUUUCCAACAAGUAGCUCUUCAUCUGUUAAUAACUAGCUACAAUUAAUCAUUCACAGUUAGAACAAAUUUAGGAAAAACUAUAAAAAGUAAAUAAUAAGAUUUUUGUUCCAAAAGUUAAAAAACUAAUUUUUGCAGUGGUAUAAAUGGUGAAAUUUUUGUAAUAGAAAGAAAAAGAAUGCUCACAAUUCCUUUACUAUUGAAGAAAUUUGUUUGCUGAAGGCAAAGUGAAUAUUGUUGAAUGGUCCCUGAGACAAAGUUGGGAGAGUUAAUUACUAGAAAAUAUUUGUAGAUCCUGAGUAGGAUAAUUUUUUUGGUAUUACUAUGAAUAAAUCAAUUUCCAGUUGAGUAUCAAUAGGAAUCUAGGAUCACUCUGGGUUUGUUUAACUUUGCUCUGCAACUGGUCCAGAACACUUGUGCCAUUCUCUCCACCAAACAGAUGCAAAACUAAAAAUAAUUAUAACUUGGUCAUUUGUAUUGUCCCACACUGAACCAGUUAGCUUUUUUACAAUUUUGAGUUCUCAUUGGCUAAUGGUAAUGUAAACUUUGUUAUGAUUGGUUGCUGGGAUUAUUUUGGAUUUGGUUUUUCAACACCCAAUUAAAAACUUCCAGCAUUUGCUUUUGUUUUUUCCUCCAUUUUAAAAAUAAGUCCUUGAGUGGUAUAAUCACCUUGUUUGGGAGGAAGCAAGAUUUUUUGUGAUCCAUUUUUUACACAUAUCAACCAGUUGAACUGUUUUUACAGGCUGUGGUAGGAUAUCCAGACUUUAUACCAGCUCUGAUUGAAAAAAUGAAGCUACAGCUUGCUCUGCAAGACUGGGACCAAACAUUGGAGACAGCUCAGAGGUAGAACUCAAGAACCAGCAGAUAAUAUAAUAUGCAUCUCUUUGGUGGAAAAAAUGUAUAUAAUCAUUUAAUUAGGGAUCCUACAAUUAUGUUCCCUAUAGGGUUUGUAAGUACAUGAAAACGUACAAUGCAGCUAUAUAUGUAUGCACUUUCUCUCUAAUGAUUUGAAAAUAUGUUGUAUAUUUUAGAGUGAAAUUAAAGUAACAAAGGAGAGAUUUCAAGGAUCAGUCUGUGUGUCAUUUGUUACCAUGAUUCAGUUAUAAUGAUUUAUCUUUUAGAGCCCUGAAUAGUAACAGAAACUGUAUAGAAGCACAGCGGAUGGUUGUUCUCUACACACUGUGUCGAGAUGGAAAGUACAAUGAGGUGAAAAAAGAAGUUCUUACUUUAUUUAAGUUUUAUAUGAAAAAAUGAAUCUAAAUACUGACUCACUAGUCAGAGUAAGUGGUCUACCAUUAAAUUGGUAAGAAAGUUAGGUUCAAAUUGUUCAUAGUCUUAAAUAGAUGUGACAUCUUUGUUUCAGGCCUCAGACAGGCUAGGAGAAUUAAUUCAGAUGGUAGACAGAUGUGAACCAAGGAAUUCUUAUCUAUAUCAUGAUUUGUCCCAAGCAGUCAGCAGACUGGUAUGUUACUACUGUAUAUUGCUUAUCAAGCCAAACGCUUAGAAAUUUCUAUAACAAUAAUUUAUAUUCUUUGUUAAAUCAUGAAUCUCUCUCCAUGUACUGGUUGGUGGUCUUGGCCACUUGCAGAGGAAAGCUGUUACAAAUUUAUUAAUAAAAUAUCAUUUAUUACUGCUGAUUUGAUUAUAAAUAAUAUAACUGAAAGGUUACUUCUCUAGUUCAAAUUUUAAUCUUCCUUAAUUUCAGACAUCAUUAUAACAUGUUCAUACACAAAAACAAAAGGAAAAAUUACAGUUCCAAACCAAGCUAAACUUGAAAACACCCACAUGUCAUGGGAAAAUAUACUUGUACUGAAUUUUUUUCUAAUCCUUCAUCUGACUGUAUGCACAAAUAGAGACCUAGAAUUUGUCAAACCCUGCCAAAAAUAUUUGAUUUUAGUUUGAUGCUUUUGCAAAGGUCCCGUAAUUAUUUGAUGUGCUUGAUAAGGAAGAGAAGUUUUUUUCAGUUAGUAAUUAACACCUUUUAUUGUUUUCAGUGUGGCAGAAAUGAUUUAGUGUUGCAACAGACACUAACACUGGUGGAAAGAGCCCAAUCACUUGCUCCUAACAGUGCAGAGUUUCAGACAGAAGUAAGUACAUGUACAUGUGAGUAGUUGCAGUUAAGGCAGCAGUUAUUAUGGGCUAUGCUGUAUAUCUAAUGUACAGUUUACUUUUGUGUUAAUUGGAAGAAUUUCAUCCUAAGUACCCCUAAAAAGUUCUGCAUGCACAGUAAGUUAAAAAAUUAAAAAGACAACUGAUUUUGAGAUAAUGAGCGCUCUUAGGAUAGGAGAUGAACUUUAUUCAUUUGUCUCAUGAUGGAGUCACUUUGUUAAUUGCAAUAUUUCAACUGCAGUACUGCAAGUCUUCAUCUGGCAAUGAGGUCAAUUGUUUACAUGUCACUAUUUGUAGCAAGUUGGUUCACUGCCAUUGGUGCAUUUCAAUCUUCAUUAUUAUUCCAGUUGUUAGAUGGUUUUCCCUCAUAGGUCCUCAUUGAUCAGCUGUUGUAUUGUUUGAUCAUGGGUAUCCAAGCUUCGGCAAUUUUGAUUCCACUAUCCCUAUUAAUGUUGUUGGGAUGAAGUCUUAUAUGGAUAGCCUCUGUCACCUUACAUGUGUACCAGUGGAGUCACGAUCAAUAAACUUAACCUUGCUCCAAAUAGGAAUAUGCCCCAUUUUGUUAGCAUGCUCCAAAACCACAGUAUGAGAAAACUGUAUGUCUCUGUCAUGUUACUUUAUCCUUUAUCCUUUAUACAUUGAUCUCCUUGUUUUGCUGAUAUACUCUUUGCCACAUUCACAUGGGAUCUUGUAAGUGGCACCUUCUUGUUUUGAUGGUUCCAGGGCAUCUUUAGGUUGUACUAAGUGAGACCUAAGUGUUGUGUCAGACUUGAAAAUGGUCCAUAUGCCUUGAUGUUGUAGGCAGCAGCAAAGAACCUCAAAUACACCCUCUAUGUAAGGGAGAACUGCUGUUACCCUUGUUGUCUUUGCAAGUUUUCAUACAAAUGAAGAAGGAUAACCAUCAGAAACAAGUAUUAUAUGACAAGUGUUUCUUUUCCUUAGAGGUAACUGACAGUUUCAUUGUGAGGUGUUUGGCUCACUCGUAUAGACACUUAACAAUACCACACUUCACUGACUGAAGGUGGUGUGAAUCAUAGGUUAGGUACUGGUUAGUGUGGUUGGGCUUUCUGUAAACUGUGGUAGUGAGAAGACUGUCUGAGUCCCUUGUAACUGUUGUGUCAUGAAAAGUAAUGGUGUUAUCUUUCUCAAUUUCCAUGGUAAAAUGAAUAGUAGGCUGUUGACUGUUUAGAUGUUGUAAAAAGCUGUUGACAUGCUCCUGGUCUGAGACUGUGAAAGUGUCAUCUACAUAUCAUUUCCAGAUCUUAGGUUUGUAAGUCGCUUUUGCUAUCGCCUGUUCCUCAAAUUCUUCAAUGUGGAUGUUAGCUAUAACUGCAGAAACAGGGCUUCCCAUAGCAGCUCUGUCUUGCUAUUCAUGAAUCCAUCUGUUGUACUGGAAAUAUGUCCAUCUUAAGACGAAAUUCAAGAGGUCGGCAUUUUGUGUAGGUGUUAAGUUUGUGCGGGUAGCAAGAUCAGCAUCAUUCUCUAGUUUUCCCAAUGUGUCUUGAGCUGCACCCUCAAUGAGUACAUUUGUAAACUACAAUUCUAUGUCAAAAGAUACCAUGACCUCAUUAUCAUGUACUUUCUCAUGACUGAUGGUUGACAUGAAGUGCCAAGAGUUAAUAACUGAGUAGUCUGACUUGCCUGUCAAGGGGGAAAGGAUAUUGGCUAAGUAUGCUGACAAAUCAUAAGCAUGAUACAAUUGUCUGAACAGUAUGUUGGGCUUGUAUCUUAGGUAAGCUGUAGAUCCUAGGUGGCUGUUUGUGCCUAGGUUUGAUCUUCUUGUUGAUGGUUUCUGAUAGAUGCACACUUUGUUUCAAGCUGAGAAGCUUGUCAGUGUGUUUACAGCUUAGCUGGUUCAGGUUGGGUUUUUGUUGAGGAGAUGGUACAGACAUGUUUCAAGUAACAUUUUCAUUUUGUUGUAGUAUGUGUUUGUGUCUAGGACUACACUAGUGCAGCCUUAGUCCACUGGCAGAAUAGUGAUAGUGUCAUCUUGUUUUAGAUUCUUAAGGGCUUCUCGCAUAUCCUUAGUGAUGUUAGGCUUGGGUGGUUUGGCCUGUCAAAGGAUACCAUUUACAGUUUGUCUUACAGUGUCUGCUUGCUCUGAGUCAAGCGUUCUUAUUGCUGACUUGACUUUGGCAACUAUUUCGAUGGCUGGGAUGUUGAUGGAGUUUCUGCAACCCUCUCUUUAGUAAUGAUAUCUUGGUAUUGCCAAGGGGGUGUGAAGAUAAGUUAAUUACCUAUUUGUUUUUGUCAACUUGAGGUGGUGGUCAACAUUAGAAACAGCAGAAGCUUGUUUCCCGUGGACAAGUUUCAGAAACUUGCGUUGUUGUCUGUCUUUAGUGGUGUUAAAUAUUCUUUGGGUAUUAACUCUGAUUUUUUCAAGUAUUUCACUGGCCUCAUCUGCAAAAAGAGUGGCUGUUAUGCUCCCAGCAGUAGACUCAGUCUCUUUUUUCCCAUCUCCCUUAGCUCUCUGAGUUAGUCGUAUUUGUUCCCUAAGGAACCUUUUGAAGGCUAGUUCAGCUACUCUACAAGCCCCUUUGGUUGGUACUGGUGGUGGGACCCAAAGGUCUCGAGGAAUGAUAGGUAUCCAGUCAAGUUGCUGACGGUUCAACUUGCCAAAGCCAGCUCACCAACAUAUAAAAUCGAGUAGAAAUGUUGGCAAGUUGAUUUCCAAUCCAGUACAACUUCAAGUGACAUGAUGAGUCUUUACAGUGUUGUUGUCACACAAUAACUCUGUAGCAUCUGAAGCUUUUUUGGUCAUUGGCAAUGUUCACCUUGCUUUAUUCACCUUGAGAUCCUUAUAAACUUUGUUGGAAAUGAAAAGAAUUGUUUUUUACUGAUGAUCUUGUCCAGAAAGCCAAGUUUUCUUUAAAAAGUUGUUGUCACACAACAACUCAUUUGCGUCUGAAGCUUUUAUAGUCAUAGGCAAUGUUUACCUUGCUUUAUUCGCAAUGAGAUCCUUAUAGACUUUGUUGGAAGAAAAAAAAUUGUUUUUUUACUUAACACAUUUUGCUUUUCUAUAUUUUUAACUUCUAAGAAGUUGUACUGGAUUGAAGACCAACUUGCCGACAUUUCUACUCAAUUUUAUAUGUCGGCAAGUUGGCGUUGGCGAGUUGAACUGUAAUUCAAAUGAUAUGGCUCUUAAUACACCUUGCAAGAAAGGUGAGGUGGUUGGUAUAGUGAGUGAGCUUGUGUGAGCAUCACUCAUGGCUCAUAGGUGCUCAUAUUGGUCGAUAUUUGUGUUUACACGAGAGUAUGUAACAUGGUCGAGAUGGUUAAACUUUAGGAGAAAAAGUUCACUCAAAAGUUUGUUGCUUAAAAAGUCAAGCCAAAUAAAUGGGAUAAAACAAAAGUUUAGAAAGUUCAGUGCAGCCAUUUUUGCUCUGCUCUCCAUCCAUAGUUGUUAUACAUUGCUAUAAAUUGGCAUAUCAAGUGCCUUCCAUUACUGCAAUAUGGUUUACCAUAAAGUGGCUUUUGAGUGGAAUGUGUAAGGUAACAAAUCAGUAGUAGCUAUGUUUUGGCUGACACCCAGCAGGAAGGAAUGAAAUACUGUACCAGCAUAUCACUGGGUUUUGAAAUUCAAAUUUUGGAAAAAAAAAAUUUUCUUAGAAAAAAUUGAAAUUAAAUCAUUAGAAAUACUGAUUUAAAGUUUCUCUGUAAUGUUUUGUAAAGUCAUCACUUGAUCAUUUCACUCUUUAUAAUCAACAAAAUAAAACUGCAUUGAGCUCAAACCCAGACUUCUUUAUUUGGAGUGUAGCAUGCUAACCAAUAGACCACCAUGUGUCACAUUGAGUGUACAUGGAAUUUAAUUUGGUGUCUAACACAAAAUUUUUUUGGGGUUCACAGCUUGGAAAUCAGCUCAUCUUAUGUCACCGCAACCGAGAGGCAAUGAAAGCCUUCCGCACUGCUAUGAAGCUUGAUGAAACAAGUGUACCAGCACUGACAGGUUAAUGAUGUUUCACUUUGCAUUCAUUUUGAGAAGGCCAUUUAUGAGUAUCAAUUUAUUCAUGGAAGUAGACAAGGAUUUGUAAGAAAGCUGUAACUAUAGACUCCCUACAAGUGUUCAGUAUACCAUUUAAAAAGCAAAAGGUCAGGAUAUUUAUUCCACAGGUAGGUGCAUCAGUGGCUAUCAAGGAGGGUUUCAUUUUGAGAGAAUUGAGGUGGAAACAGGAAAAUGAAAAACUUACAAAAUUUACCAACCACCAAAUGUGUUAGGUAUUCAUCUAGAGUGUACUUUAUUUCAAAGCUUUAAUUAAUGGCUCAACUUAGGCAGAUGUUAGUUGUGCAUCUCACAUGUAUUUCACAAAGCAAUUGAAAAAGUUGUAGGCCAGUGUGGUCAAAAACAUUCUUGAUGAAGGGUUUAUGAGACAAUUUUAUGACCUAAUAAACAUUGACAAAGGCUUAUUAUGGCAAACAUUCAUGAAAGUCCAGCAGAUGAUGUUCACAAAGCUUUGAAACUCUGUGCCAAAUGACACAUUUAGGGGUUACAUUUAAUUCAAGCAUUGUGUCUUUUGUGUCAGGGAUAAUCAGGUGUCAGCUGAUAGAUGGACAGCUUGAGGAUGCUGAGCAGCAGUUAGAGUUCCUGAAUGAAAUACAACAAUCUAUUGGAAAGUCAUCUGUAAGCUGCCUGUAGUUUUAACUGGAGUGUGUUUCCAAAAAUUCUUGAUCUUUGGAUAUUCUGUCUUGACCUCUAUUCUUGUAGCAAAAACCUCAACAAUUUUGCUGGUUGUUUUGCAGUUUAAUACUAGAUUAGAUCCAGAUGGUUUUAGAGUAUUACAGAUUUGUCAUGUCCUAUUUUGAGAUGGGUUAUUGAACUUCUUUAACAAAGAACAUCUGAAAUCACCUUACUGUGGUUAAAAUUAUUCUUAAGGGUAAUUUCAUUUUCACCCAUAGUGGCUAUUUGAAUCAAGAUGAAACCUUGCAUGCAGUUAUUCCUAUUAAAUGGAGUAAAUAUGAAAGCAAUUGUGUUUCCACAGGAGCUAUCAUACCUGAGUGCUGUACUUCAAAGGCAGAAAAACAAGCCAGCUGAGGAAGUCAUCACCCUUCUAAAUGAAGCCAUUGAUGCACAUUUUUCCUCCCUUAAGGUUAGAUGAACUAAUGGACAGUGUAACACUUGAAGUAUUGUCAUUGUAAAUACAAUUGCUUAGUAGAUGACUCAUCAUGAGUUGUAUAACUGCUAACAAUUUACUGAUGUAAAGAAUUUUUGUCAAAACUCUUGAGGAAGCACUGUUAGCUCACUGGGAGUUGUGCAUAUAUAUUCUGCAAAUGAGCUGCAAUCAGACAGAUGCUGGGAAAAGAUGACCGCAUUCAGUUCAGCAGCUUGUGAAGUUAUAUAAUAAUUAACCUAUUUUGAGCUUUAGCUUUUAGCUUGCAGAUUUUUAGUUUUUGUUGCUUUUGUUUUCCAGGGUCUUGCCCUUGGUGUAAAGUAUUUCUACUGCUUGAACCCAGAUUUUCUUCUUCAAGUGAUUAAUGACUACCUCAUAUUUGCUCCCACUGAAGUAAGUUUCUCAACCAUAGAAUUUGUGUCUGCAGAUUGCUGAUACAUGUACAUAAUAUGUAUAAUUGAAUAGUUAAGUUUAAUUUAUUGGAUGCCUUUACAGUGAAGGUCAAUUAUAUUUGAAACACAGAAAAGCCAAAAUGGAUAUGGAUGAGCAAAAUUUUUGAGAAAUUUGGUGUCCUGAAAGUUGGAGGGCCAGACUCCAAUUUGAAGGGCCCGGUUUGCUUUUUGGCAAGGUCUUUCUGUUGUUUUCUUGGCAGAGACGCUUUGGUGGAUAUUUACCAAGCUGUGAAGUGGUGAGGUAAACAUCCACCACUUUCACAGACACUGAGGUGAAUGAUUGUUUUAGUAUGUACCACACAGAUACCAAAAAAUGUUAAAUAACAUUUCUCCCAAAAUACUAAAAAAUGGUUGGAAAUUUAACUCUUUUUGUCUUUACAAUGAUAUAAAUUGUCUUUACAGCUGCUUGAAGGUGAAUGAUACUUGUUAUUCACUUCUGCACUAGCCAGCAGUCAGCAUGCACUAAAAGCACCAUUCACUUGUGUGAUAUGUACUAAAACUGUUUUGUCAAGUUUCUGUGGCAAUUUGCCAUGGAAACCUAACAAAACAUGUAUGGAUAGCCCUGCAAUGGACUGGCAUCGAGUCCAGGGUGGAGUUACUGUUGUAAAUGUCCUAGUCAUGCCAUGCCACUAAAACUGAGGUAAGGUCCACUAAAAUGGGACAUUUCACUCAUAAGCUGACUUUGCCUUCAUCAUAUGAGAAGAAUGGGCAAACAUGUCCUAAAAUACAGUAACCUUAAGCCCUUUUAAAGUUUUUGAUUGUGGUUCAAACUGUUGUCAGGCUCAAAGCCCUGGUCAGCCUCCUCCUCCACUUCUCAAACGCUGUUCAGCUGUGUUGGAUCCUUUGACAAAAAGCGUUCCUGGAUUACUGGAGGGCUUGUACCUAAUGGCUAAAGUCAAGUAUUUAUCUGGUAAGAAUUUAAUUAUGCAAAGGAAAACAGCAAUGAAUGAAUUUUAUUAUUUGUAACUCCAUCUCACUCAGUUAUAACAAACUGUGUGUGGUACAUUAAACCCACUACCUUAUAACCCAUGAAUUCUAUGGACAUUGUGCUUUUCUUCCAGGAGAAACUGAUGCUGCCAAAGCCAUGCUGACUCAUUGUUUGGACCAAGAUCCAACAUUUUCUGAUGCACAUCUUUUGAUGGCCCAAGUUAGUUGAUGCUCUUGUUUUUUUAAGGGUAUUUUUGUAAGACCUCUGGAACCAGGAAGUAAAGAAAAUAUCACUUAUUGUGGUAAAUCAGAAUUUUGUAUUGGUUUAGUUAGUCUAUAAUACAUUGUCUGAGGGGCUUCACUUUUGGAGUAAUUAAACUCAUGAUCAUUACAAAAAAACACAUCCCAUAUAUAGAUGAAAAUCACUAGGUUUGCAUGAUUCUGUGAAGACAGUUAUAAUGCAUGCAUUCUCUAAACUUUUCUUUUUCCAUAUGCUAUCAACAGAUUCACCUUCUGCAAGGUAACUUCAAACUGUCUGAGCAGUCACUUGAAGUGGGGCUUAGUUACAACUUUGAGGUGAGCUUGUGUCAUGAAAGCAUAACAUUCUUAAUCAGUUCCAAUAAUCUUUACCACUUCAUGCGUGUACAUGUAGCUAUUACAUUUGUUGCCAUGUUUAGGUUUUUGGGAAAUACAGUAUUGUUGUUGCAAAUCUAAACCUUGAGUGAAAAUGAGUGUGGAUGGGGAAAAUGAAAGCUUUUUAUAUUGGAAAACUUAAAAUGACUACUACAUGGAAAACAUGUUUUAUCUUCAUUUUGGGUUUGUUAGGUGAGGAACCAUCCACUAUAUCAUUUGAUAAAAGCCCGAGUGCAGAGGAAGAUGGGUCAUCCAGAGGAAAGUGUUAACACCAUGCAUGCUGCCAUGAAUCUCCCAGGAGUUAAAAAAGCAGGUAAUAUUUGUUUGGUUAAGAAUAUUCAUAGGUAGCAAUGUUGUAAAACCUUUUCAUUUCAGAAGCAUUAGAUGAUAAUCAUUCACGUGGUUGAUAAACAUAUUUCUAUGAUAAUAAAAAAAUUCCUUAGUUUGUGAAUUUGGUUAACCCUUUAACUCCCGUGAGGGACUAAGACAGAAUCCUUCUUGCAAUAGCACAACAAUAUCAGUCACACAAGUGAUUAGGGAUUGUUAGUUGAAAUAAAUUGAAAUUCUGCAAACUGUGAUGACAGGAAGAACUGUACAGCAGAUGGUAGGAGGAAUUACCAAUAAAAUCUUGGGAGUGAAUGCUGUAUGCAUAUCACUUUGCUUUUAAUUCUUAAUUAGCAUUUUUCUUCUUUCAUUUAGUCUCCAAAGCACAAGGCAAGAAAACAACAAUAACUGCCAGUGAUAGAGCUGCUGUAUUCCUUGAACUUGCUGAUGCACAUAUGGAGGCUGGACAAUUGGUAAAGAAAUUUUGAACAAACACCUCGCCACAUCAGCAAGUCUCUAAGGCUCAAUUGAUCUAUCAUACCUUUUACUUUGUGUUGCUUGACAUUUAGAAGCCUUUUGUCCACUGCAUCAAAUUGUACUCAUAUACUGCGAUGUUAAGUCACAGUUCACCAUAGGUUGGAGGUAUUCCUCUCUAGAGCUCCACUUUGUGAUUCUAUUAAAAAAAAAAUUCAACUCUUUUGUUUUUUUCCUCUUUUCUUUGUAGCAUGAGGCUACUAAAGUCAUGCAGGAUGCUUUACAUGAGUUCACUGGCACCCCAGAAGAAGUCAGGUAAACAGAGAAGGCAUAAAACAACAACAAAGAAGUAAUGAUUGAUACUUUUUGGAUUUGGUUAAUAUCCAGAGUUAUCUCACAUAAAGGUGGGGAUUUUUUUUUCUGUUGUCAGGAUUCAGAUUUCCAAUGCAGACCUUGUGUUAAAGAAUGGUGAUACAGAGCAAGCCUUGACUAUACUUAGGCAAAUCACUCCACAGCAAAGGUUUCUAAGUUAUUCUUUAAAUUUUGAAAAAAUGUAUUGAAUAAACCAGUAGACAAGUGUAAUUUCUUUGAUUUUUGUUAUUGUACAAUGGUGCCUUCUAUAUAAAGUGUUUUGUGAAUAACUUAAGUUCUUGAAUUUACAAUAAAAAACUUGAUUAAUUUACAAUUUUUAUAGAAUGAGUGGUCGAUAUCUUAAGUAAUUUAUUUUCUUUUCUUCUGGCAGUUACUACAUCAAGGCAAAGGAGAAGAUGGCAGAAAUAUAUUUACAUCAUCGCAAAGACAAGCGAUUGUAUGCAAGUGUUUACAGGUCAGUUUUAGUCCAGGCUCACAUAAUCACCAACCAAAAAUUUCAUUUGAAAUUGUACUUAUGAAUGUUGGCUGUAGUAAAAGAAACACAUGUGAAUUGUCUUUGAGUUGGCUAUAUAUAUAUAUCACAAACAUUGGUGGUUUCUUUAUUUGUUGUCUGUAAUUGUGUUGACUCUUGAGCCCUUUUGUUUAUACAGAGGGUUUUCAUGUACGAUAGGAAAACUUCCUCGUUUUAUCUAAAAUACUUUUUUUCUUGUUUAUCUUUGAUCUUUGAUUGUCCUGCAUGAACUAGGUAGAAAAAGUGAAAAGUAAAUGUCAAUGAAUGAAUUUUAAGAAAAUGCUAUUUGGAUAGCAUGAUAGCAAGGUAUAUGAUGUCUACACUCUUGUAAACAGUUUUCACUACAACCAGGAAUUGAAACAUAUUUGAGUGUGUGCAGUAAACCUGAAUAUAAAUCUAAUUUAACAUACUGCAGGGAACUUGUUGAUAAGAACCCUAGUCCUCACACUUGUCUGCUGUUGGGAGAUGCCUAUAUGAGUAUUCAGGAGGUAAGCUAGUAACCUUAUUUGAGAAGCUAAAUAUGUCCGCUUUAUGUGGAUGGGGAAGAACUUUUGUACUGUGAAAGUUAUUAUAAAGCUUUUUGGAAGAAUGUUCUAUAAAAAUACAAUAUUGUAUCACUUGUUAUCAUGUUUUUUUUGUCACAUUAAGCCUGAGAAAGCCAUUGAAGUUUAUGAGACAGCCCUGAAACGAAACCCAAGAGAUGGAGCAUUGGCAAGCAAAAUAGGACAAGCACUGGUGAAAACACACCACUAUGGCAAGGUAUGGUAUGGGCAGUUCUCUUGGUGAUGGCUUUAACAAAAGUAAUAAAAGAGAAACAGAAAACCAGUUAACGGAAGAAAAAAUUAUCAAAAUGUUUUCAGUUGUAAAACAAUAAGGUUAUAUUGCUGUGGUUUGAUGAGAAGUAAGACUGUUCCUGUUGUUGUUGGUUGUUGUUGUGUGGUGUUGCAGAAUUUGACUUUGGAGCCAUGAGAACAUCAGUUACAAUGCCUUAGUUUGUAUUCAGAAUUUUUGUGAGGUUAAAUGCAUGUUCUCACAUUUUAACCCUUUAACUCCCAAGAUAUCAUAAGUAAUUCUCCUUACACAACAUAUUCUGCCCUAUAGUUCUUGUGAUGUUUAGAGAAUUUGGUUUUGGAUCAACUAAUAAUCCUCUAGUUAAUAUUUUUCUUUAUUCUCAUCACUUGCCUGCUUGGUAUUUCAUUGAUAUUGUGAGGAGAAAUUCUGUCUUGGCCACUCAUGUGAGUUAAAAGGUUAAAGUUCAAAUGAUUGUGAUGUCAAUAGUCACACUCUAGGUGUUUGAUGGAAUGAUAUGACUGGAAGGAGAACCAGGCUCCAGGAUUAAUAUGAUUUUCUAAAUUCACUGUGGUUUGGGAUUCCAAAGUGUUACAUUGCUGUUCAAGAAUUUCAGUAACUUUACUUAAAAUGUGACUUAGAAUGCUGCCAUUUUGAAACUGAUUAACCUUUUUUUUGUGCAUGACAUAACAGAGUUCAACCUAGUUGGCAGGAAAUGCAAAGUUUGGAUCUCUAACAGCUACCACUUUUGUUAUCAUACAUGUAACAACUUGUACUUAAAGCUAAAAGACAGUGCUUAGUCAAACAGUUUCCCAAAAUUUAAUAAAAAAAAGAAGGGGCUAGUUUCUGUUGUGUUAUUGGGAAGUGGCCAGGUUGCUGACUAAGAUUAAAAAUGGCAGGUAUUGCAGUGCAAUUCUGUCACUGUUAAAGGUAAAUUUCUUUAGGGAUGAAGAAUGAUUGUCUGAAGCUUAAUCUACCCUUAGUGGCAUGGUUGUACACAGUUGAACCUGUAUCAAGUGGCACUACAUUAAUCGGUCUCCCUAUAUUAAGUAGUCAGUUGUCAAAGUCCUGAAAUUCUUUCUGCUUAAACACUGCAAUUUUCACCUCUAUUAAGCCAUCACCACCUUCGUUAAGCAGUCAUGGCCACCCUUGACUGAGUCCCAAUGGCCUCCUUGUAUUGUCUUCCACUUGUAUUGAACGACCAUUUACAGUGGAACCAUUCAAAUAAAGAUAAAAAAAUCUUUCAAAUGUAUUUAAUCCAUGUUUGUCUCCGGAAAUCAAUGUUUAACUUUAUUUUUCAGCAAGGUUUUGUACACUUAGUAGUCAAUUAUCCUUAGGGUUAGGGCAUUUUAUAUUUUUUUUUCAAAUACCCAUUUUGUAAAAAACUUGUAUUACACAGUCAACCUUUAAUGAGUGGUCACCCUGCCAUUCCCUAUUAGUGACCACUCAAUACAGCUUUGACUGUAUUUUUGAAUUUAUUUCCCUUAUAUGAUUUGUAUUAUAUGCUGUGUCAAGUUAUCAUAUUUGAUUCUGAUGCUUUUUUGUAGGCCAUAAACUACUAUGAAGCUGCUUUAAAAUCAGGACAGCAAAACUUUUUAAGGUUAGUCAAAACUUUGGAUCACAUAUAUACUAGUUUGGUGGUUUAUGCCAUCUAUGUGAAUUAUCUCCCUUUUGUUUUUCCUUUGCUAGGUAUGAUCUUGCUGAGCUGUAUCUAAAGCUGAAAAACUAUGAAAAGUCAGACAAGGUCAUCAAGUUGGCUCUGGAGCAAGAAAAAGGUAAACACCUUUAAGCCUGUUAUUUUUUAAACCGUAUUUCCAAUUUUGAUGCUAAUGAUAUUGAUUGAGUUCAACAACAUGGACAAACUGAGAAAUAGGUCACUUGACUUAUUUUGACACCAAGAAAAUAGGUUAGGGGUUAAUAGGGAUUUUCAAACUUACAUAAAUGUGUACUUAAUUUGCAUUGUAAGAUGUGUCUGCAUGAAAUUCCAAGAAACAGUGGAGUAAAAAUAGGCAUGUAGCUGCUUGGAUCUCAUACAGUUAUCCUAUUUUGAUACAAAAAUGUUACUCUUGACUAGUAAAUAAUUUUCAUGAUAAAUACUUGUGUUGAGAAGCUAAAGGAAAGGUGCACUUUCAGUUGUUGGCUUUAAAUUUAGGAAGGGAUCUCUUUUCUUUAUCUCCUGCGCAUCUUCUUCAGAAAUGCAAUUUAUUCCUAGUGCAAUUCCUUUCCCUCCCUCUCUAUUCUAAUACAGCGAAUGACCUUCCAUCUCUGAUGGAAGAGGCUCGACUCCUAGAGCUUCAGGCUCAUGUUUAUCAAAAGUCAGGCAAUGCAGAAGAAACCCUCAAGACACUCACAAGGGCCAAGGAGGUUCAAACCAGGUGAGAUGCAGUGAGAAAAGGUUUGGAAAGGGCCCUGCAAGAUUGAGCAGUUAUGAAAUAUGGAAUAUGUAAUGCUGCAAGAGACUUUUAAAUGUAUGCUUACAAGUGUAAGUUUGGAAGCUACAAGCUAGUUGAAAGGAAACACACUGACUCUCCUGUCAAUAUGAUGAAAAAGCAACAUACACCAAAUCAAAGUCUCUUUUUCUAGUAAGAUGUGUUACUCAAUGUUUUGCAUUUGUAUGUACCAAAGAAAUGUGUGAAAUUGUUAAUGAACAAUUCCAGUAACCAAAUGUUCAUCGAAGUGGUAGUAGCUUGUGAUCCUUUGUAAAUAUUAGAAAUAAAAUCUCUGUAUUUUAAUAACACUUCCAGGGUUUUAAGAAGAGUUGGGGUGGAACAACCAGAUGCUGUCAAAGCACAAAAAUUGCAGGCUGCAAAGUAAGUUAAAAGUUUGUUAUCUUUAUGGUACCAUCAGACCCUGUUGUUGUAGAAUUGGAGAAUGGAAAGAGUGACACCACUAACCCAUCGAAACGUUGUUACUUUGCUUUCCAAAUUCCAAAUUCUUUUACUAUAACAAUGUACUUGAUCCCUUUUCCUCUAAACAUUACAUGUGUAUCUCCCAGAGAUACCAAAAUGCCAAGUUUAUUUUCAGAAAUUCAUUAAUGUGUUGUAGGAAGCUGGACUUCUUUGGCAUAAACUUACUUAAAAAUUUAUUUCAUGUAAAAUUUGUUUUUUUGGUAUGAUAAAGAAGUGCAGACUGAAAUGAGUGUUUCUUUGUAAACGGCAGUUGGCUUCCUACAACUCUUUUGUGAAAACAGGGUCAUUUUUUGAUAAGAUCUAUUUGUAUUUUAGUGCAAAUUAAGGCAUCUGUCAGAGUGUUUAGGGGAAGAGGAGGUCAAUUUAUGUAACUGAAACUGGGUGCAAUAGGGAACAAUACUCAAACAUAAUAAUUAACUUAUUUCCACAACACUUGUUAAUACUCACAAGCAAGACUUUUAGAACCUUCAUGGAGCUUUAAUUCAGGUUAUUUUUAGUAAAGGUUCAAACAGUUGUUUCAUUCAUAGGUAAAGCAAAUUUCCUUAAAGCAGACAAACACAUACCAGUCCCAGUUUUUUUUUCAAAAGGUGUUGUGUAAUCCCCUAUAAUAUUUUUCCCUCAUGGUAUGCAUGACUGCACAUUUAUAUGCCUCAACAUAUUGAAAUAUUCUUUGACAGAAUCUGUGCUGAAAUGGCAGAAUUGUCUACUACUGCCAGAGAAUUUGAGAAAGCCAUAAAUUUCUACAAAGAGGGACUAACAUAUGAUGAAACACAUGUACCAGUAAGUAUUACAAACAGUUUUUUUUAGUCAAGUAAUAUCCGAGUAUUAAAGUAAAGUGAAGCCUAGUUGUCAAGUUGACACUUACUUAACAACAAUGACCGGCAGAUAGAUAUAGAGUGAUAGAGAUAGAUGGUGAGUGAGUAACAAACAAAGUGCAAGACAUGUUGUUUUCUUGUACUUGGUGACCGUCAUACUCUAAUCUGAUUCUCUGUUUUGUCUUGCAGUCCAUGUUAGCACUGGCCAGACUUUAUUUGACUGUGGAUGAUUUAGAUGCCUGCCAGCAACAAUGUGUUCAGCUUCUUAAGAUGGAUGCUGAAAAUGAUGCUGCAACAGUGGUAAGUAAAUCUGCUGUGUACAAAAAAACUAAAUACAGUAAAUGGUUUGAACCUGGGGGUAACAUGUUGCGACAUGUUGCGACAUGUUGCGACCUAUUGUUUCCUUCUGUGGUUCUCCGACAUACCAGCUGUCCAUGUACCAAACGACAAUACUACAACCGCUCACCGACAAAUCCAGACGAAAACUACAAUCCACCGAGGACUUCAUUAAUGCCACUAAGACUGUACAGAUACCUGACGACUACAAGCUAGUGUCAUUUGACGUGAAAUCACUUUUUACAAGUAUUCCACUUCAACUGGCACUACAAUGUACUGAGACUGCUAUCCUUCAAUCUACCGACGCUCUACCGCUACCGACAGAGGACAUUAUGGACUUACUAAACCUUUUCCUGACAUCAACUUACUUUCAGUACAACAGCAAACACUACAAACAGUUACACGGUACAGCUAUGGGGUUUCCAGUUUCUGUUGUUGUAGCAGAAAUUGUGAUGCAGAACAUCGAAGAAAGCGCCCUUUCGACUUGCCGACAGACGAUACCACUUUGGUUACGCUACGUUGACGAUACUUUUACCGCCGUACGACGCAACAAAAUCGACGCAUUCCACCACCACCUUAACGAACAAAACACUGACAUACAGUUUACUAGAGAGGUCGAAGAAAAUGGUAAACUACCUUUUCUAGACUGCUUGGUAAGCCGUGACGACAAUUCACUACGGAUAACAGUUUACAGGAAACCGACACAUACCGACAGAUUACUGGACGAGUCAUCCUACAACCCGACAUCACACAAAGCCACUACUGUCAGGACUCUUACCCGACGAUCGCAAUUAGUAUGUAAUACGACAGACAGCUUAUCCGACGAGAACAAGUACCUUAACCGUGUUUUUUCAAAGAACAACUACAGCGAAGACUUCAUCCAACGUAACACUCGCAGACCUACUACUACUACCAAAACUAACGACAACGCAAGUUCUACGACCACAGCCACUACACCAAACAUAAAGGGCAUAUCUGAGAACAUCUCGCGCAUCCUGCAACCAUUCAAUAUCCGCGUCGCUCACAAACCCAUUACCACACUACGUCAGUUACUGACUAACAUCAAAGACAGAGACGAACCGAGGAACAGACAAGGAGCAGUAUAUAAGAUCAAUCGCUCCGACUGCCACGCCUCCUACAUUGGUGAGACUGGCAGAAACCUCGCAACCAGACUGACUGAACACAAACGAGCGACGAGGAAAGGCGGUGUCAACAAUCACAUUGCUGAACAUCACCGACUUACGAACCACACUAUUGACUGGGACUCUGCGCAAUGCCUAAGCUACAGCACCAACUACUUUCAACGACUGACCCUGGAAAGCUGGUUUACUAACUUGGAACAGACUCCCCUCAACAGGUGUCAAACACUACCGGCACCAUACAAACGACUCAUCCACGACAUUAACAUUACAAACGAACCGAACAGAACGACCUAACUAACUCACCCACAAAUCCGGACGUACAAGUAAGUGUACAUCUUUUUACUUAUCCUUUGAUGUUUUUUUACAGUUGGUAGUGUCCUAACUGUAUCAUUAUUUUAUUUGUGGUUUUCAGAUGAUGGCAGAUUUGAUGUUCAGGAAGAAUGAAUAUGAUUCUGCUACAUUUCACUUCCAGCAGUUGCUGGAAAGAAAACCAGGUACUGUUAACAUCGUAAGACUUUCUGUCACUUAGGCAUACCAAUGAUGAAUUUCUUCCUCACGCCGUUUUUCAAAUGUCAACACGUUUCCUUUGAGAUAGUCUUUGAAAUUGUGAAUACAGAGUUUUGUCACACUGAUAACAAACGUACGCUAGUCCUUAUUAUUUCAUAUCAUUAUGAGUUGUUUGCAAACCAGAUAUGACCAAAACGUCAUUCUCGACAAACCUGUUACCUUUCUGAGACAUAAAAAAUGAUGGUCUAAUGAGCCCUUAACGGAUUCAUGUGGCUGAAAAAAUCAGCAAAACAGAAAUUCUCUGAUAUAACCCCAUUGUAAUUGUAAUGAGUCAAAUUUUUUAAAUGAUUAUAUUCAAAUGGACUUUCAUGAAUUUAGAUCAUUACAGUGCCCUAGCGCGCCUGAUAAAUCUUCUGAGAAGAGCUGGAAAAUUAGACGAUUGUUCAAAGUACCUUGAACAGGUAAGUGUUAGUGUAAUUUUAGUUUUGCGUAGCGUGUCGAAACUUAUUUUCCUCCUCUCUUCCUUAGUUUUAAGUCGAAGGAUAUAUGUGGCAUACAAAUGGAAUAAAGCCCAAGCUCAGUUUCAAUUUGAAGUUAAAGAAUUUAAAUUGAAAGAUAAAAUGGAGAAAAUAUGAAAUUGCUAUAAAAGGUGAACCACUGGAACCCUAUCUUGGUUGCAAUAUACCUUGUAGUAGAGUAAGAGUGUUUUUCAUUCAAAACCUGAAGUUGGGAUGCUUCAAAAACCUUGUUAUUUUCUUCUCUUCCUUCUUGAAAAAUACUAUGGGACGUUAAAAACAAUCAGAAACUUGGUUACUUUUAACACAAGAGCUCUGCAAUCGCAGAGAGUUCGUGUUUCCUUUUCAAGGUAAGACUAACAUCUUCGAUUGAAAAGGGGAUGACAAUUGGUCUUCAAGACUACAAGUUCUCAGGAACACGUUUCCCAUCUCAUUUUCAUUUUUCUUGUGCUGUAUCCAAUAACUUGUCUGAAGGGAACCUUUGAUUCUAAUUCUUUUCAGGCAGAAAGUGCUAUUCCACGUGCUGCUAUGGAUUCUGGAUUAAAUUACUGUAAAGGACUCUUUCACUGGUAGGAUUACUAUUCGGUGGUGAAUGAAGAUGAAAUUUUUAAAUGCAAAUCUGCAUUGAAAUAUUCUUAAAAUCUUAAGAAUAUUAUUAUCCCAUCAAUGAACUGUGUGAGCACACUAGAGUGCUAGUAGAAGGAGUGUUGUGUCUUGCUUAAGACAUGAUUAUUUAUUUGUUUAAAUGCAGGUACACAGUCAGCCCUACGGCAGCUCUUAAACAUUUCAACCUGGCCAGGAAAGAUGCUAGAUGGUGAGAAGGAACUCUUUAGUUGUAAUUGUGCGUCUUCCUGCUCGAUAAGGCUGACAGUUAGUGUUCUUUCCAGUAAUGACUUGUCAGCCAGGUGACUGGCUGACUUUCCUUUUGCCUGAUUGGUCAACUGUUCGCCUUUAUAAACCAUAUUUUACUAAAUUACUGAGCAAAUAACCAGCAAAGAGUCGUGAGCUUGAAAUACGUCUCGAGAAGAAGAGUCAGACAGUCGGGCAAACACAGCGAGGUUAAAAACAUCAAAUAGCGGUCAGUCAGAUGUAGAGAAUUUCAGACACACAGACUGACUUAUUGACUUACUGGACAAACAGACUGGCUUGUUAAGUAAGUACCGUUAGAUUAACCUUACCUUGAGUCUUGUUGAAGUUUCCCAGUUGUAUUGUGUUGCUCGCGAUUUAAGAGAGUAUGGAUAUCAUUUGGUAGCAAAUACUGACGUUAUUAUUUUUAUUUUUUAGGGGCGAGUAUGCUGUUUACAACAUGAUUGAAAUAUGCCUUAACCCUGAUAAUGAAACUUUGGGAGGAGAAACCUUUGAGGCAGUUGAUGGUGAUGUGAGGUAAGAGAAAGGUUUUGAAUAUACACAGGGAACCUCAAUAAAUCUUAAGUAGCAAAAACAGUAGAUGCCUGAUUAAUGACCAUCACUCUGCUCAUGGUUUGUCAUUAGGAACCAAAGUUUAACUUCUUGGCACUCUAAUAUCUACCUAGCCCUUUUCUUAAUUCUUUUAAUUCACAUGAAAUGUGACAAAACUCGUAAUAAAAAAGACAACUGACCUACUGUAAACUGUCAAAUAAGUGUCCACCUGUCCAGAGCUUCACAUUUAUUUUACGCCCUCCUCCCCCCUUCCCCCUUCCCCCUCCCCAAACGGAUUAAUCAGCUUACACAAACCUUACUCUUAAAACUUGAUUGACGACAGCUAUUCAAUGGACCCCGAUCCUGACUUCCACUAAGUGAGGCUGAUUAAAAAUUUGUCACUACUACCGAAAAUAGUCCUUCCCACAACUUCUCUUACUUGGACGAUCGGAUGUUACUCUAGGGCUCAAACCAUGUACUGUUUGUGACAUCUGUGAAUCGCAUACAUGGUCUUUUUUCUGUUAAAGAUUUAUUUUUCUAGUCACUAUAUUCCUUUCAAACUUGAAAGAAAUGUGACAGAACUCUUGAAAAGAAAACUGACCUACUGUAAACUGUCAAAUUAGUGUCCACCUGUUCAGAGCUUCAAAUUUCUUAAACACCCUCCUCCGCCUCUCCUUCCCCUCCCCUCCUCCCCUCCUCCCUAAGCGAAACGUAUCAAUCAGCUUACACAUACCGUACUUAUAACACUUGACUGACAACAGCUAUUCAAUGAACUGCGAUCCUGACUUCCGCUGAGGUUGACUAAACAUUGUCACUACUACCGACAAUGAUCCUUCCCACGACUUCUCUCAUUUGAACGAUCAGAUGUUACUCUAGGGUUUACCAUGUCCUGUUUGUGACUUCUGCGAAUCGCAUACAUGUGUUUUUUUUCUGUGAAAGGUUUAUUUUUCUUAACAUGCUAUAUUUCUUUCAAACGUUAUUCUUACAUUCAUGCCUCCGUCGCAUAUCCUCUUUAUGCGCAGUUCAAACGAGAAGCAAGAUUCAGAAAUGAUGGCUGUUCGCACUGCUGAAAAGCUGCUAAAGGUGAAAAAGAAUUUAGUCUCUUUUGUGUUAUGUAAAUUUGUGGGUCCGGUCUGGGGCUUGAACCUCGACCUCCCACACGCCAGUCCGGCGCUCUACAAUGUGUCAGCUAACCAAGCGCGGUUAAAUUUUUUUUAUUGCAGUUAAGUAUGUAUUUGACUUCGAAAUACGCUUAACCUCAAAGGAAAAAUAGUGAUGGAUGUGAUAGUCCCUUUUUCAAGGAAUCGAAUCUGACACUCUCCGAAUUUGCAAUCGAUAUUUCUUCCAUUUUACUAAUUUUAAUCUAAGAACUUGAUUCAAAUCUUUACAGGAUUUUAAGCCGAAGGGCAAUCCUCUAAAGUACCGCAUACUCGAGAAUAGUGUCUUGAUGGCAUUCAAGACAAAACCAAAUGUGGAAAAGGCCUUGUCUCAAUUCAUGGAAAUAGCUACGACUGAGGUACAUGAUCUGCUACUAUACAGGAAUGUUCACCUGCGUUAAAACUGCUAUAACUUUAUUUAAGAUUUGAAACACAGCAUAAUCUUGAUGUAGCCUUUAAAGUGGGAGUAAGCAUGAAAUUUCUGAGAACCAUCUGUAUUAUACAGUUGGGGCUAAUUCUAAAAGCUGAAUUUCUUGGGUAAUCAAUGGUCUUGCAAUGCUUCUCAUUCUGAUGUAAUUGUGUGUAACCACAUGUGAGUCUCCAUUCAAUGAAAGGUUUCAUUGAUACGAACUCCCACUAUCCCAAGUUUUCGGUGGAUUAACAAAGGAUUAUACUUGGUAGUUGUUGUAAUAUUACCCUUCAUGACGUAAACUAAAAACUUUAUAUUUUGUUCCCUCAGCAUGAAUGUGUUCCAGCCCUUCUGGGCAUGGCUACCGCUUACAUGUACUUAAAACAAACACCACGUGCUCGUAAUCAGCUGAAAAGGAUUGCAAAAAUGAACUGGAACUCAGAGGUACAAAAAUGCUUUUUCUUAAAAGUGCCCACUAUUCCUUUCACUAAAAGAGAGGAGUAGUGCAGUUUUCUAUGACGAUUUCGGGGGAGGAGUCGUUACUACAGUAUAUAGAGCUAUCACUGUCAAGGGUUUGGGUUGGAGUGUAUUCAUUGUCAUGUAUUAUUAUGUCUUUCAGGAAGCAGAAGAAUUUGAGAGGAGCUGGCUUCUUUUAGCUGAUAUUUAUAUCCAGGUAUGUAGUCUUUUUAGGAUUAUGAAAAAAAAGACAGCAAAUGUUGUUUCAGAAGCUUCUUCUUUUUAGUAAUAUGCUUGUGAAGAACGAUUUACGGAAGAGAAAAGCACCUAUGUCAUUCAGUGUAUCGGUGGUUUAUGGCGCCGAUUUAUUCGGCAAAUCUUGUUGUGAAGUUUUGUUUUCUAAGCUGGAAAAGAAAAUUACUUCAUACUUAUCAUUCAGAGGUGCAGGAAGAAGCUGGAGAAUUUCAUUGUUAAAAAUAAUGAAUCUUGCCGUUGGAUCGGAUAGUUUUGGUUAACACUCAGCUCACGUGCAUCCGUAUUUCAUUUCAUCGUUGUUAAUACGGUCCAAUCGGGAUGAUUAUACACUUUGUCGAGUUAUUUUGGUCUAUUACCGUCUAAAAAACGAGUAAAUACUGAAAUCAAGUAAAGUAUCGACUUUUAUGUAAUUUUCAGUCUGGCAAGUUUGACAUGGCUGGAGAUUUGUUAAAGAAAUGUCUUCAGUAUAACAAGGUAAUGGACGCUGUUUCUUUGCCAUCUAUUCCUUUACGCCUAUAUGGAAGGGUUGCAUUAACAGUUGGGAGACUCAACGUACUUUUGUAUUGGUUUGUAGUCAUGCUGUAAAGCUUGGGAGUACAUGGGAUACAUCAUGGAAAAGGAACAAGCUUAUAAAGAUGCAGCUAAGAACUACGAGAACGCUUGGAUUUAUGGCAAUCAAAACAACCCAACCAUAGGUAUGGUCUGAAUCUGUUAUAGAAAUCUGAACUGAAAUAGAGGUUUUCUCUAAGAACUAGGUAUACUUUUACGUAGAGCUGGAUGUUUGAGGUGUUUUUUUUUCUCAUUUUUCGUUUCCUGUCCAGGUUACAGACUAGCGUUCAACUAUCUAAAGGCUAAACGUCUUGUAGAUGCUAUUGACGUUUGCCACAAGGUAAAAUCUUAUGUUUGUUGUACUUUUUCGUUUCUUAUAGACGACAGUAGUAAGUCAAGCACGACCAAACCUGUACUCAAAUCCCCGGUAGAAUACUAUUGCCCCAUUGCAGACAAGCACUUUUCUCGUUGGAGACGAAAGCAAUCUCUCUACUAUUACUUUUGAUAAAACAAUGCACCAGAGGGUCAGGGAUUAUGCCAGCGAUUAUGACAAUUUCUUGAUUUAUUCUUCCCCUCUACACUCAGACUUAAAAAGAAUCUUGCCAUACGAUCAAUUUGUCAUCGAUGUAGAGAAGUAAAGUUGACAACGGUCUAAUGUUUCAUUGUAAAUAACCUUUAACUUUUUCCUCCAGGUAUUAAGUCACCACCCAAACUAUCCAAAGAUAAGAAAAGAAAUCCUGGACAAAGCAAGAGCAGCAUUGCGGGCGUAAAUAUUCACUCUACCCCACACUUGGUUCGCUUACACAUAGUUAUUAACUGGUUUCUGCCGUAUUUCAUUUGAUCAUAUUGAAAAUCAAAACCAAUUUAAAUAAGAUUGGUCAACGGAAUUAUCACCCUCUCAUUCCUCUUAAAAAACUUUCUUUUUCCGACCAAAAGCGACAAACACAGAAGCCGUGAAGGACCUCAAGACAGUUAUUUAUAAAAAGUUAAAUCUUUGUUUUAUACCAAAGCUGCGUUCUAAAUCAGGUUAAAUUUAGCUAGACGUACUAUGUGAAGUUUGACUUCUUGUAAACAUUGCCAACAAGGCUUAUGGCUACCAUUGAAAAAAAAAACUUUCAAGGUCCAUUAAUCCUUCAAAUACUAGCAUGAGUAUAUUUAUUCUCCAUAGUGUUCUUUAAGGAAAAAGUAACCCUAUGAUUUUCGAAUGCAUGUAAUAAAGUUGGUUAGGUUUUGUACAGACAAAAACAGCGUUUAAACGUCCAAUUUUUUGAAGUUAUUUAACUUACACUAAAUUGAAUCUCUUUAUCAUUUAAACUGCAUUUUCUAAAUGGAAAUACAGCAUCGAUGGAAAAAAGAGUAUAACUAAAAAAAAUACUAGUAGAAAUCGUGUGGAAUGCUUUCAAGGAAACCUCUGAAAUUCUGUCUUUUUAUCAGAUGAACUACACUUGAAUGAAACUUGUAAAAAAGUACUUUAAAAUGAUGGGCUCAUUCAAGUAUUCUUGAAACUGUAUCUUUUCAGGAAAUUAAACCUGAAUUUAAUGCCUUUUUCUCCCUGUGAUAAGCUUUCUUUCCGAAUACUUCUCUAUCAAACACGAGAAAUCCUAAAUUAUGUCUAUCAUCGAAAAGGCUUAAUUUUCUUGCCCAUCGAGACCCUCUUGGCAAUGUGAACCUAAGUAAAUAUGCAACUGUUACACGAUUUACUACCGAGUUACACCGCUGACACCUUUAUGAAUGACUUGCUUACUUGGCGACCUGGUGUUUUGACCACGAGGAUGAAAAAAACACUAGGCACAGUGUGUUAACCAGGGAAAAGGAUGUCUUGUUAGGUCUAGUUGAAGCAAGAAACCCAUAUGAUUGUGCAGAACUAUAACUAUGCGUCUUAGUUCUACCAUAUUUUAAAUCUUUUUUCGUUUAUAAGGGAAAACACUGCAUAAACCUGGGCAAGAAAUGCAUUCUUGCUUCUGAUUGGCCGGCUGAUAAACCAGAAGCCUAUUGAUAAUGUGGAAG